UUAUACCCACAAAGCAAUAAAGAAGUUAACAAUAUGAGUGAAGAAAACCCCAAUAGGAGCAGACUCCAAAUACUCACUUCACACUUCACUCAUCAGAAGAAGUCAGCCAUGGCUUCUGAGAAAGAAGCUGCUCUUCUUGCUGUUCCCUCAGAUUCUCCUACCAUAUUUGACAAGAUCAUUAACAAGGAAAUCCCAGCAGAUAUUGUAUUUGAGGAUGACAAGGUUUUAGCUUUCAGAGACAUAAAUCCCCAAGCUCCUGUGCACAUAUUGCUUAUUCCCAAGGUCAGGGAUGGCUUAACCGGACUUUCCAAGGCUGAAGAAAAGAACUGUGAUGUUUUUGGUCGACUUCUCUACACAGCAAAGCUUGUAGCCAAACAGGAAGGUCUUCUAGAGAAUGGAUUCAGACUCGUGAUCAACGAUGGGCCUGAUGGAUGCCAAUCUGUUUACCAUCUUCACCUUCACCUUCUUGGGGGACGACAGAUGAACUGGCCACCUGGAUAAAUGGACGUCGAGACGAAUUCCAGAUUUCAUCCUAUCAUAUAUGU